AUGAGCAUACAAUGUAUGUCAUCGAAUUCAUCUCUAGACUUCCAAAGUAGCUUUGGAUAGCCUGAUCUUUCUAGUCUUGCAUUCAGCGGAAGUGCCAACCGUAAGUAAAAUACCAAGAAAAUAGUUAAGUAGAUCUAAGAGGAUUAUUCUAUUGAAAAAAAUCCAUCAACUGACUGCUCUAGUGAUUCUUCUGAUUAAGCAAUGAAACCUAAAACCGAUGAAACUAAAUAUAAGACAGAAAUGUGUAAAAACUUUUAGGCCACCGGCACGUGCAAUUAUGGAAAGAAAUGCAAGUUCGCUCAUGGAAAAUAAGAUCUUGUGAACAAGCCAAUUCAAAACUCUAAGAGUUACAAAACAAAAACAUGCAAGGCAUUCCAUGAAGAAUUAAAUUGUCCUUACGGAUCUCGCUGCCACUUUAAGCACGAUUAGCGUUCUAUUUCAGAAAUUUAAUAAAGCAAAUACUACUCAAAAAAGCUUGCGACAUUAGAGUUUGACCUAAGCGAAAUGGAAAAUUGCAAUUUGAAAAUCAGUCAUGGAUCUCGCUUACCAUUUUUCAUGUCUAUGAUCCAAAAUAAUUGA